UGCCUGGUGUACGGGUUUCACCCCCGACCUGUGGAUGUGAAGUGGAUGAGGAAUGGGGAGGACCAUGUUCCUUCAGAUGAAAUGACUCCAAUUCUCCCCCAUCCUGAUGGCACCUAUCAGAUCAGAGUCAGUGUGGAAGUGCCAACCAAGGAGGGAGACACUUACUUCUGUCAUGUGGACCACAGCAGCCUGGGGGAUGAGACUCUCAGUGUGAAAUGGGAUCCCCCUAAGGACAAUACUCCUAUAAUUAUCGGGGGUUGUUGUGGUCGUUGCUGUAGCGCUGAUUAUCGGGGCCGUUAUUGGAGUCGUCAUAUACAGGAAACGCUCCGCUUCAGGAAAGACGCCUGCUGAUCGCAAUAUUUAUGUUCCGGCUCCCACAAAGAAAAUCGCUCCGUCCAUGGCCGGGUUUAGUGACAGUAACUGUUUUAAAGGGUAGAGUGAUGG